GCAAAUCAUGGCCUUCCCACUUCGCUUGGCCCUCACGGUGGGCGCCACGCUGGCCGCGGCCGACGUGGGCGCUGCGAACCGGUCCAAAUUCCUGGGCCGGUCGGCCGUGGAGGUGACGGCGCUUGGCGGGGCUCGAUGUGGUCCUUUGGAUCUGCCGGAGAAUGCGCAGUGUAAGGAGGUGGUGGAAUGGGCCGCCGGCGGUGGUAAGAACGACCCCGCCGCCGAAGGUUGGUUCCGCAACAUGCCCAGCAUUUCCGGAGUGAAAUUUAACCAGGCCAACGUGGCUGAUUUCCAACGACUCUACUACUGCGCACCUCCGGGCAAAGACAAGUUUUGCGGUGUGCCACCCUGCACCGGGUGCAGCCAGGAGCCUUGCAACGAUUGCUUCGCAGGGCAUCAGAUCUAUGCCUCGUUGAGGCCUGGCUGUGAUGGCAACAACCGAGGUAUCGGAUGUGUGCCACCCAAGUCGGCCAUGGGAUACAAAGGCCAGCAUUGGCCCACCACUGUGGUGUACGGCGUUCAGGAGAUGCACAUCUUCGCCAUUGGCGAUUGGGGCGGUAUGGAUGGAUCCCUGGAUACCAAUGAGGGCCGUCCCAACAUCGUGGCCUACGACUGGGGUAAGCGUCCUGGACCCAGCGUCUUCCCAAGGAGUCGAUGGAACAAGGCACACACUGUGAAGUUCUGUGACCACGACCAGCUGGUGGAAUGUUUCAACACCCGCGGACAACCUCCCUGCACUCCGGAGUGUGGCUAUGUGCCAGGCGUGGAUGACAACCCGCAGAUUUUGGUGGCCAACGCCUUCAAGGCACGCGCCGCCCUGAAAGAUCCGCAGUACAUUUUGAACGUGGGCGACAACUUCUACUGGGGCGGCAUCGAAAAGACCUGUGGAGAGCCCAUGAACAAGAUCUCUUACCCCACCAAGCACCAGUUCGAUCAGAUCUUUGAGGGCGUGUAUCAAGGAGCUGGGCUCAGCGGAAAACCUUGGUUUAGCGUCUUGGGCAACCACGACUGGGGAGGCUUCAAGUUCGACAACGGCUGGGACCAGCAGAUGUCUUACACCUGGGCUUCGGACCGCUGGGUGAUGCCGGCGCCCUACUACAAGACCAGCGUGGUCUAUGCGGACCUGGGCUUUGACGUGGAUUACUACUUCUUGGAUUCCAACUUUGUGGAUGCUAAACCUCCUGAGGAAGAUCCCAAUCACAACAUGUGCUCGCGCAAGAACAACAAACCCUCGGCCACCUGUGCUGCCGCCGACGGCCCAGUCUCAGUGGACAGCUGCCCCGGGUGGUUCGCCGCGCUGUGGGCGGAGCAGAAGGAGUGGGCCACCCGGCUGUUGCCCAAGAGCCAGGCCACGUGGCAGAUUGCAGUGACCCACUUCCCCUGUGGACACGAACAAGGUUUCUACAAGAGCUUGGCCAACAUGGGCUUGGACCUGCUGAUCACCGGGCAUCGCCAUGACCAGGAGCUCUGGUUCCCCGACGACUUCGCCAAGAACCACAUGGGCAUCACCUGCAUCGUCACCGGUGGAGGAGGCGGAAUCACCUCUGAGGCCACCCCGGAUCCGGACCACACUGAGGACUGGUACGGCGAGGCUCAGUACGGCUUCUAUGACUUGACUAUCAGCAAGAAGGAGAUCUUCAUUGAGUCGGUGAACUACGACGGUGAGGUGUUGUUGACUCACACAGUCUACCCAUCGCGUUGAUAGGUCGAUGAGACCGGCAAUGUGCCUGUUUGAAUUUCCAGGGGAAUGUGAGAUCUCAAAUCAGGUUGGUCCCACUUUUGAACCCCGAUGCAUGCCUUCGACCCACAUAGGUUGGGCCGACAUGAAGUCUUCAACGUUUUCGUUCUAUUGUCAGGUGCAAAAAAGCGUUGGUUGCCGGUUGUGUUUUUUCUUUUUCGACUUCGUGACUUCUAAAUUUGACUUUAGACAUGUUGAUGCCAAAAGCGACAUCUGAAACAUGUAGGUCGAGUGCAUAGUUUCGUAGGUCCGUAGGUGACUUUCGAGUCUUUGGCGCGGGUCAAAAGCUCCACACGAUGCGAUGC